AUCUGGCUGAAACUAAAAUAAGAAUUCCAACACAGACCUGACUUUAGAGAAAACAAGAGAAUUUACCAAGACAUCAGCAUUAAAUUUCAGUUCAAGACAAAGAUGUUUGCAAUUUUUCUGGUUGUGUCAAUGUUUAGCCAAGGUCUCACAAUAGUGAGCUAUGGUAACAGUUUCAUCACAGCAUUUCCAGAGAACCUGGGAUACUAUUACACACACACUUCUAGAAGUCUGAGAGUCACCGCCCUACAUGAAGACACUUCUGUUGACAUCUUCUACAACGGCAGCAGCACACCAACAAAGACCAUAUCAAUCAAUCAGAAAGGCAAUACCGUAACUUUGAAGUUUCCAAAAUCUGCUGAAGUAUAUCAACUCGACUACGCCACACAAUCUAUCCGAAUUAGCAGUACCAAAAACAUUGUAGUACAUUCUGGCAGUAAUACAUAUGACGAAGUUAAUAAAAAAAGUGUCCAGACCAAUGUUGUUCAACCUGAUGAAAAUCUUGACACACAUUAUUUGAUCCCUUCGCUGAACUACACAGACCUUCUUGCAACGUUUGGCAUAUCCCCGCCAGACAUCGCUUCCAAAAGAUACGGCUCAUUCAGACUGAUUAUCAUCAAUGCAGAGGACACAGAAAACAAUAUCACGAUAGUCAAAAACAUAUCAGGCAGCAUUCAAUUAGAAAGCUUCAUGAUCCCAUCAUACCAACUCAUCCAGUUGCAGGCUGAUGCUUCACUGAUGAUGGUUAACUCGAGUGAUAAAAUAGCUGUGCUGUUGACUCACCCGUGUCUAGAAAAACCAGACUGUAAAUGCAGCAUGAUAGUCAAUCAGAUUCUUCCUGUGAGAUUUCAGGGUCAGAACUUUGUUGUGCCCUCAUUUCCAGGUAUAACCCAGAGAUGGCUACUUGACACAUCAAAUGACAAGACAAACUCGCUCCCUCAAAACAACACCAACUUAAUGCCAAACUUAUCAGGGCUUUGGUCAAUUUCAGAUCCAGAUAAAUCCCAAUAUGUAACCGCAUCGAGUAACAUGUCCCUUAGACUGAUCAGUCCAGGACUUUUCCUUGAAUUGAUCCCAGAAAACAUGUUUGCCGCAUGCUACCUGCUCCAUUUCUACACAUACAACAAGCAGGCCAUUGUGAUUGCUAAAACUGACAGCAAAGAUGAAGUGCACACUGGAGACACACUUCAAAAUGCUGUGUGGACUGAGAUUCCUGACACAGAGUACUCUUCAGCUACAAUAACUUUAAAUGAGAAAUCAUCAGUUAUCUGGCAUCCAAGCUCAAAGAUUGCUGUUUAUAUACUGGAAAAUCCUGUAGAGACAAUUUUUGGAGGCCCAGCUAUACCUAUUAAUGAAAAACCGGAUAAGUCUGGCUGUGUGGUGAUUCCUGGAGUGUUUAAUGUCGGACAUGAGCCUCUUAAAUGGGCCGAGUCCCUAGAUUCCUGCGCACACGAUCAAAAAGAAUUUGCUUGUCCUACAGAUGAAGGCCUCCAGAUGGAUUUGGUCAGUGCUGUUGGUACAACAGAUGCGGAGGGUUGGAUCGGUCUACGCCGUAGUCUAAUGACUACAGAGUGGUACUGGAAAAAUCAAACAUCACCAUCAUCACCAUCACCACCUGUGACUUAUGUUAACUGGGGCGACGGGGAACCACAGGACACCCUGAAGGGCUUUUGUGCUUCAUUGUCACUGGAUGGUACAGAUGAUUUCAAAUGGAAAAGUGCAAAAUGCUGCGAGGAAAAGUUUCCUAUCUGCUACAAGCCCCCAACAACCAUUGUUCCUGAACCCCAGCCAUAUCAAACAGAAAACAUUCCUUAAGUUCUCAUCUAUAUUUAUAGCACCAAAAUAUAUCAUUUUAUUUUUAAUAACUACCUGUUGUCCAACUGGUAACAGUCUUUGUAGUUUCUGGUGGGAAAACAAAAAAAGUAUGUCAUACACUUCGAGGGAAAUGCAUUUGUAAUGCAAGUAGGCUACAGAGACAUAGGUUUUAUGUGUGCUUCAAAUAAUGUAUGAAUUAGCAGCAAGCCAUAACUUAAAAGCUUUAAUGUUUACCCUUUGGGAUGUUGUAGGAUUAAUCAGUCUAUUUAUGACUUUAUUAACUACUUGUGAUGUGCACGAAAACCAUAUGAAACUUGUUUAUUUAGUCACUAACCUUAAGAGGUGAGCGUAUUUACACUAAAAUUGUAGGUUUUACCUCACUAUUAUAACUUCAUACUAUAGCUAUGCGGUUUCACUGGGGCAUUUUAUUAUAUUUAAUCAUGAUUAUGUAAAGCUGCUUUGAUACAAUACAUGCUGGGAAAAGUGAUGGGCAAA